UCCCCGGUGGGGAAGCAUCGGCGGCCGUGGCAGGAAGAAGGUGUGCGGGAGUGCGGGCGGGGACACGGGGACGCGGGGCGGCGGUAUUGUUGCCAUCAGGUGCUUCCUUGUUGACAGGGGCCGUUGGCGUGCCGGCUGAUUGACAUCCCGACGUCCCGCCUCCACUUCUACGAGUGCGAAAAAAAACAAGGCAGAAGCCGUCAAUCAGCGAGGUGGGAGCGCGAGCCCGUCACCGGGGAAACGGACGCAACCGGAGCCCGGGACUGACUGACUGUCAGUGUCAGGGCGAGUGCGGCUGGAGCUCGCCGCGUUCACUUGCUUGCAAUCAAAGAUACUAGAGGAGCUCUUUGCUUGCAAUAUUCCGGCUCGCAUUCAAGUCCCGCAUCUGCAACUCCAGCGCAUCUCUCUCAUGGAUUGGUCGAGAUAACAUCAGAGGCGCAGAAAUGUAAAUGUUGCGGCUUUUCGAUACGUUUUGUUCCUGUGUUGCGUGCUCAGAAGGAUUUCGGUUGGUGGCAGUAGUUGGUUCGUGUGCAGGAGGGACUGUCACAAUUAUAGCGGGAGGUUUGCAACACGUAUUUGGAUUUUGUUUUGCAAUUUAACAGUAUAAUUUAUAUACCAUGCACGUUGUGGACGAUCGCCGUUUCCUUUCUUUUAAUUUAAAGAAUUGAAAGUCGACCUUGCCCUGUUUAGUUUUGUUUUUGCAAGUUGUUGUUUUUUUAACGAGAAAGCCAUGGCGGAAGGAAAGGCGGAACGCGGUGUCCCGUCCCUGGUGCCUUCGUGUUCUGUUUCGCCCUCCUGGGCCAAAAAGGAGGGAGUUGAAGCUGUGUCAAACGGAGACUGUGUGGGAGAAGAGCCGGUGACUGCAGCGGUAGGCGUCCUACCAUCAAAUCCCGGAGCAGACACAUGCACACCUUCACCAGUAACAGCACCAUCCCAAGAUGGAAAACCAGGCAUACCUCGCAGGAGCAGCAUCAUUAAGGAUGGCAGCAGGCAACGAAGAGAGAGAAAGAAAACUGUCUCCUUCAGCAGCAUGCCGACAGAGAAGAAGAUCAGUAGUGCCAGCGACUGCAUCAAUUCAAUGAUUGAUGGAUCUGAACUUAAAAAGAUUCGCUCAAAUUCCAGAGUCUAUCAUCGUUAUUUCCUUUUGGAUACAGACAUGCAAUCCCUUAGAUGGGAUCCUUCAAAAAAAGAAUCUGAUAAAGCGAAGAUUGACAUAACGUUAAUCAAGGAGGUUCGAACGGGAAGAAAUACCGAAAUGUUCCGUACCAAUGCUAUUUAUGAUCAUAUUUCAGAAGAAUGUGCGUUUUCAAUAAUAUAUGGUGAAAACUACGAGUCACUGGACCUGGUAGCUAACUCUGCAGAUGUAGCAAAUAUUUGGGUUACUGGCUUACGGUACCUAAUCUCUUAUGGGAAGCACACACUGGAUAUGAUAGUGAGCAGUCACAAUAAUAUGCGGGCUUCGUGGCUUUCAAGUGUUUUUGCAUCAGCUGAUUCAAAGGGUAUGGGACACAUCCCAUUUAGCAAAUCUGUGCAACUUGUUAAAAGUCUAAACUCUGGGCUAAAAAAUACCAAAAUCGAAUUGAAAUUCAAAGAAUUGCACAAAGCAAAAGGGAUAACAGGAACAGAUGUUACUAAAGAGGAACUUAUUGAAGUUUAUCACGAGCUUUGCACGAGACCAGAAAUAUAUUUUUUGUUAGUCCAAUUUUCAAGCAAUAAAGAAUUUCUAGAUACCAAGGACCUAAUGAUGUUUUUGGAGGCGGAGCAAGGAAUGCCACACGUUACAGAACAAAUGAGCAUGAAUAUUAUUCAGAAGUAUGAACCAUCAAAGGAAGGGCAGGAGAAAGGCUGGCUUUCCUUAGAUGGUUUUACUAAGUACCUAAUUUCACCUGAAUGCCAUAUAUUUGACCCAGAGCACAAGAAGGUUUGUCAGGAUAUGACACAGCCAGUGUCUCAUUAUUACAUUAAUGCUUCACACAACACAUACUUGAUUGAGGACCAGUUCCGAGGUCCCUCAGACAUCACAGGAUAUAUUCGUGCUCUGAAAAUGGGGUGUCGAAGUAUUGAAGUGGAUGCAUGGGAUGGCCCUGACAAUGAACCCAUCAUCUAUACAGGCCACACAAUGACAUCUCAAAUAGUCUUCCAUCGUGUUAUUGAUGCCAUUAACAAAUAUGCUUUUGUUGCAUCAGAAUACCCUUUGAUUUUAUGUCUGGAAAAUCACUGUUCAAUUAAACAACAGAAAGUGAUGAUCCAACAUAUGAAAAAGAUCUUGGGAGACAAACUGUAUACAAAACCCCCAACUGUUGACGACAGUUACUUACCCUCUCCAGAAGCCUUUAAGCACAAAAUUUUGUUAAAGGCGAAAAAGCUGCCAGAAAAUUGCAUAGGCCUUGAGGGCAAUAUUACAGAUGAAGAUGAAGGAGCAGAAAUGUCAACUAGGGUGACAGAUGAGAAUACAGAUCAGCAGAAUAUAGCCCCCAAAAGAUUUCUGCUUUGCAAAGAGCUCUCUGACAUGGUGAGUCUUUGCAAAUCUGUUAUGUUUAAGGACUUCACAAAGUCACUUCAAAAUCAGAAAUUCUGGGAAUUUUGUUCAUUCAAUGAAGUAAUCGCUAAUAGACUUGCAAACGAAUACCCAAAGGACUUUGUGAAUUACAAUAAACGUUUUCUCGCCAGAAUAUAUCCAAAUCCAAUGAGGAUAGAUUCAAGCAACAUGAAUCCUCAGGACUUUUGGAAGUGUGGUUGCCAAGUAGUGGCAAUGAAUUACCAGACACCCGGUUUAAUGAUGGACCUUAACAUUGGGUGGUUCCGUCAAAAUGGGAAUUGUGGAUAUGUACUUCGACCUGCCAUCAUGAGAGACGAGGUGUCCUAUUUUAGUGCCAAUACUAAAGAUUCAGUGCCAGGUGUUUCUCCUCAAUUACUCCACAUAAAAAUCAUUAGUGGCCAAAACUUUCCAAAACCCAAAGGCUCAGGUUCUAAAGGUGAUGUUGUUGAUCCCUAUGUGUAUGUGGAGAUCCAUGGGAUACCUGCAGACUGUGCAGAACAAAGGACUAAAACCGUUAAUCAAAAUGGAGAGAACCCUAUUUUUGACGAAAGCUUUGAAUUCCAGAUUAAUCUUCCGGAACUAGCAAUGGUACGAUUUGUGGUCCUGGAUGAUGACUACAUUGGAGAUGAGUUCAUUGCUCAGUAUACAAUCCCUUUUGAAUGCUUGCAAGCGGGAUACAGACAUGUGCCACUUCAGUCACUGACUGGUGAAGUUCUACCAUUUGCCUCAUUAUUUGUCCAUGUGGCAAUAACUAACCGUAGAGGCGGAGGGAAACCUCACAAACGCGGUCUUUCCAUGAGGAAAGCUAAGAAGUCAAGAGAGUAUGCGAGCAUGAGAACAAUCUUGAUAAAACCUAUAGAUGAAGUAUUCAAGAAUGUUGUCCAGCAAUUACGGGAAGCAACUGAUCUUCGAGAAAACAUGCAGGUUGCAAUAGUUUCCUUCAAGGAAAUAUGUGGCGUAUCCCCAGUUUCUAAUCUAAUACAGUGCUUUAUGGCCUUGUCAACACUGCUCAACAGUGAUAACAUUCCAAUUGUGGUACUGAAUCUGAAAGAUGAUUACCCGUCAAUGGAGCCACAAGGAGUGAUCCCUGAGGUGCUGAAGAAAGUAGUCACUGCAUAUGAGGUGAUGAUUCAGACAACCAAAGCUUUACUAGAAAAUGGUGAUGGGGUAUGUGAAAAGAUAUUGCAGUAUCAAAGAGCAGCCAUGGACUUCCAUGAAAAUCUGAACAAUAUUGGAAUUAAAGAAGGCCUUAAAGGAAGAAAGCUUCAUAAAGCUAUUGAGAGCUUUACAUGGAACAUCACUAUUCUUAAGGGGCAAGCUGAUCUGCUGAAGCAUGCUAGAAUUGAAGCAUUGGACAACCUGAAGCAAAUCCAUUAUGCUGCAGUGUCUUGUGGUCUGAACAAGCCAGGCACUGGGAAUGCAGAACCGUCCAAGACAAGGCGAAGCCUCGAGGCCAUACCUGAGAAGGAAGGUGUGGAUAUUGGAUCUGGGGACCAAGCUGCAGAAUGUCACAACAAUACAACCACUGAAAAAUCCAUCAAAGCUGCCAAAUGAAAGCAAUCAUGUGUAACAUUUGGUUUGCACUUGAAAGCCUUCUCGGGUUGGUUGGUUUUAAUACUUUGGGAAUUCUAAAGCACAAUUCUGAGUCUUGGUAUAAUGUGACAAAUGGAGCAAUGAAUGUAACACUUCUCCAAGUGAAAACAUACUACUAGUGAUGGAAAAUUACUACUGCUCUCAACAAGCUGCGGACUUGCCAUUGAAUGUUCAUCUGCCAAACUAAUAUGUAUAUAUGAUGUCACAAAUAAUCAGUUAAAGUGUAACUUUUUUUCUAGUAACUUAUGCUGCCUUUUUACAUUCUUUUUGUAAAUGUAACAUUUCUCUAGAUACCUAAAAUACAUGUCUGCAUUUAAGUACAAAAUAGUUGUUAUACAGAAGAAUAUGUGAAGUAUAUAUAAAUACAAGUGUCUGUGUGAAACCACCUAAACAUUGCAAAGCUUGUUGAGCCAUAAGUGGAAUCACGAAUCAUUGAUUGUGGUCACUGAGCAUCAGUGCACUUUACAAUGACCAUUAAUCAAGGAAAAGCUGGAUAAAUUCUACUGUAAAUCCUGCCCUAUAGAGAUAAUUGUUAAUGUUAAACAAAAACAUUUGAAGUGCUUGUACCCAGCUUGUACCCAGGUGACCAAAUAGGCAGCAGCUUUUUUGCAAGUUGUUGUAAUAUAUAUAUAUAUAUAUGUUUUAUUUCACAAAGUGGAAAAGUUAGGCUUAUUAAUUUCCACAAGAAAGGAUUCCAAGUUAUUCAAGCAGUGCACUACCAGCAGCCAUGAUCUUCCAUAUUGCUGAAUGUAUCUGAUUCACUGGGAAAUAAAGGCAAUUCUUUCAUCUCUUUCGUACGAACACAAGAAAAUAUGAACAGGAAUGGGCAACCAAGCCACAAGCUUGCCCAGCCAUUCAUGAUAUGAUUAUGGCUGAUCUAUGUUGGCCUCGUCCUCUUCUGUGCCAGUUCCUCCUAACUCAAUUCCCUGGCCUUUCCCUGGCCUUUCAAACAUUUGCCUUUCUCCAUAUUAAACGUAUCAAAUAUCUGCCCUCCACCACCUUUGGGACAGAGAAUUCCAGAGAUUCAUUCCUCUCUAAGAGAAGAACCUCAGUGUUAAGUGACUAGCCCUAAAUUUUGUAGUUCUGUCCCUUGUUCAUGACUCUCCCACUAUUGGAAACAUCUCCACAUUUACCCUGUCAAGCCCUUAAAAUAAUAAAAUAUAAUUAUUUUAUAUAUUUGAAUAAAUGUAUUAUUUUUCUAAAUUUCAAGACAUAUAGACCCAACCUGUCCAGGCCCUCGAUAGGACAACAUUGUGGGAAUUCACUCUGAAUUAUUUGAAAACAACAAUAUAAAAUAAAAUGUUAAUAUCAUCAUUGUUGGCAGUCUUGAACCAAUCAAACAGUUGUUGGGUUAUAGAACGGAGCAGCAACAAAAGUUUGCAUUUAAAAAAAAAUAAAGUCCAUUUGAAAU